AUGUCUAUAAGUUCAAGGAGGUCCUUGACUCAGUUCAAUCCAAUGUCUUCUGUCAAUAUCGACGCUAUUGAGGCACAGAUGAAAAUGGCCAGCCUUGACGGCCUUCGAGGAUACGCACAAAACCACUACGGAGAAAUUCAACAAACUCGCGACACCGAGUACACUCCCAAAUCUUCAGCUUGUGGCUACCAAGUCUUGAAGAAUCCAAUGUGGAACAAAGGCCUUUCCUUCAGCCCCGAGGAUCGGGUGUCCAAGAACCUGACUGGACUGCUUCCCCAUGCAAUGGAGACGACUGAGACACAGGUCGCAAGAUGCAUGAAGAUGAUCCAUUCCAGGCAAACAGGCAUCGACAAGUACUUGUAUUUGUCCAACCUUAAGGACCAAAAUGUCGACCUCUUCUAUCGUGUGCUCAUCGACAACGUAAGGGAUCUUAUGCCUUUGGUCUACACACCCACUAUUGGCGACGUUUGCCUGCAGUACUCCACUUUGUACACUCGUCCUGAGGCUCUGUACAUUUCCAUCAAGCAACGAAAAUCGAUAAGGACUAUUCUCCGCAACUGGCCUAACCCCAACCCCGAGAUUUGUGUUGUAACGGAUGGAUCCCGAAUUCUUGGCUUGGGUGAUCUAGGUGUUAACGGUGUGGGGAUUUCGAUCGGCAAGCUCGCACUAUACACUGGUGCCGCAGGUAUCCACCCCGAAAAGACCCUACCAAUCGUUUUGGAUGCCGGUACCGCAAAUGAGGACAACCUCAGAGACCCGCUAUACCUUGGUCUCCGUGCAAAGCGCCCAGAACCUGCCGUCAUGCAGGAAUUCGUGGAUGAGUUCAUGGCGGCUGCCGCCGAGGUUUUCCCUAACAUGCUCGUUCAAUUUGAGGAUUUUGAGACCGAGAAGGCCUUCAACUACCUUGCCCGCUACCGCAACAAGUACAAGUGCUUCAACGAUGACAUCCAAGGUACAGGUGCCGUUGUGCUCGGUGGUUACAUCGGUGCUGUGAAUUUGUCGGGCGUUCCUCUCGAGGAGCAGCGCCUGGUAUUCAUGGGCGCUGGCUCGGCCGGUGUCGGUGUUGCCAAGCAGAUGGUCGAAUAUUAUACCCGUCGUGGCCUCACAGAAAAGGAGGCCAAGGACAAGUUCUGGCUUGUUGACACCAAGGGUCUUGUAACCAACGAUCGUGGCGACAAACUUGCAGAGCACAAGAAGUACUUCGCCCGAACAGACAACAAUGGUCAUCAGUUCAAGACCCUUGAGGAGGUUAUCGAGUAUGUUCGUCCUUCAGCUCUUGUUGGUCUUACUGCCACAUUCGGUGUCUUCACGGAGUCCGUCGUGCGCGCCCUCAAGGCCUCCGUCGACUCUGGUGGUCACGGACGCCGACCUAUUCUCUUCCCUCUUAGCAACCCCUUGACCAAGGCAGAAUGUACCUUUGAGCAAGCCAUCCAGUGGACGGAUGGAACCGUUAUCUUUGCUUCCGGGUCCCCGUUCUCACCGGUAAAUGUCAAGCACAGUGAAGGUGUAACCACCUACUACCCCAACCAGGGUAACAACGUCUAUGUUUUCCCUGGUCUCGGUCUGGGUGCAAUUCUUGCCAAGGCCACCAAGGUCACUGAUGAGAUGGUUUACAUUUCCGCAUCCUCCCUAUCAGAGUGCCUCAAUGCCGAUGAGAUCCACAAGGGUCUCAUCUACCCACGUAUCGAGAGGGUUCGGGACGCCAGCAUCAUCGUUGCUCGCGAGGUGAUGAAGGCCGCCCGCAGGGAAGGUGUCAGCGCUCUGCCCGAAUCCCAAUGGGUUGAGUGGGAGGAGUGGGGUGAUGUCGCCUUGACGAAGUGGAUCAAGGACCGUGUCUAUGAUCCCCUCAAGUAA